UAAACUUAGCCCUGACAGUAGGCUACCAUUCGUCAUCACAACAUACUCAGCAGACCACAGUGGGUUACAAUGGACAGUGUCGCGUUACCACAGAUGCUGCUGUAUCUCACUGGUGUCGCUGGCCAAACAAGAUGUAGACUUAAAGACUGCAGGCUUUUCUGUCUUUCACUCUCUACACUUGUAUUCCUCUCUGUCACGAUGGGCAGCUAUAGCUCAGCCCUCAUUCCUGACACUGAAGAGUUUGAUUCAGUUGUGUCGAUGGCAGAGAAGCUGAAUGAGCAGGUAGCUCAUGUUGCAGAUGAGAGGUUACAGUCAGAGCUUCAGACUCUGGUAACACUCAUGAUGGAGGAGGAAAGAAAAGAAAACCAGAGUGAAGAGCCGGAUUCUUUAACACUUCAAGAAAACUCUCAGGAAACAAGCCACAAUGGGUGUGCCCUGCCUGUAAAUGCAGCAGCAUCCAAAAGUGUUCCCAUGCAGUCCUUCAUCUCCCUGUUACCCAAGGCUCUCUCUACUGUACUACAUCCGACGCUGCCCCUACACAUCAACUCCGACCCCCAGCCGAGCAGAAAUCCACCGAGCCUGCAACAACUGCAGACAGACCUGAGAGACCUGAGGGACCAGUUUGAACUGAUGAAGAGUCAGCACAACAAAGAAAUUAAACUGCUGAUGAAUGAGCUUGAUGAGGAGAAAAGGAUUCGCUUGACUUUACAGAUGGAGAUUCAACGUAUGAAGAAGCACAUGUCUAAAUGAGUGGAGAACUUCACCAUCAUUAAAGACACAUUUUAAAGGUCCUGCUGUAUACUUAUCUGAUAAACAAUAUUUUUCUAAGUUUUAAAAAAUCAUCCUCACUCCUGUUUGAUGAAAAAGUAUCAUAUUUAGCAAUUUGAUUUGCUUUUGUUUUUGUUGGACCGGCGAAUGCGUCGGCCUAGAGGACCGAAUGUUUUUACUGAGUCAUUGCUGAAAGUUAAAAGGUGAGGUACAGUGGGAUCAGACUCGAUAUAAGAGAAGAGUAUCUGUUGACCGUUCUCUCUGGAAAUGAGCAGUAGACGGCCCUGUUAUACAUUCAGUUUGUUUUAUUUCUGUAGAUGGACUUAAUAACUAUGGCAUCUUAAAUCCUGUAGUGGGGUAAAUGUUUUCCAAAGUGUAUUUAGGUUUCCAUGAAGAGAAUUUUUUCGUUUCCCAUAGCUGUUGGCCUAAAUAUGUGUUGGAGAUCAUCACUGUUGAAUUGGUUUUCUAAUCAUUUUUCCUUUAUCCGGCCAUGUAGAAAACAUCUGACAGUGAAACAGAGAGGACAUGUAAUAAGAGCCAGCAGCUAAUCAGCUAUCAUUAGUUUAUAAUAAUGUGAUGUGGAAGCGCAAACUUGAAGCUUCUAUCAUAUUUAAGGUGCAUAUAGUUUUCAAAAAUAUAUGUUUGCCUUUUUAUCGUGCCAAACAUUUACUGACCAAGAUGUCAGUGAAUUCAUGUUCAUGUUGUUGAU